AAUGAUAUCAUACGCCAUUAAGACAACCAAUCAGGUUUUAAUAAUCAUAAAACAGGUAGAGUAUAACCUAUCCGGUUAACAGUUACUACCUACAUACAAUCGCUUUAUUUUUGGAGUAGAACACAGUCUUUAUUUGACACAACCAAACCUGUUUGAUUUUUCUUCAAACUAAGCGCGUCGAAAAUGAACGGAGUUUUGCCUCGAUACAUAUUUGUUGUUACUAUUUUUCUGUGGAUAACAUUGAGCAAUGGUUGUAUGGACACAGCUUCAAGUGAAUUUCAGAGUUGUACAGCGAAAUUAAGUCACCCAGUCUCAGUAGAAGCGAAUCCAAACGCGAUAAGAAGUCAGAUGGAUGCGAUGUGCAAGAUGGGCUCAGAAGACAAAAAGAAACUUGAUGCUUGCUUUGAAAAACUCACACAAUGUGAUCAAAUUAAGAUAACGGCAGAUAGAAUGGGGAUAAAUAUCAUGAAGACGAUGGAGGCCACCAGGGAGAUGUGUGAACACGAAGAAACUAUACUUGGAGGUAUACCAUGCUUAACAGAAAAGAUAAUGAAAUUAUUACAGAAUACAUCAACAGAUGGAUUGGAGGGAUUCCAGCAGCUCUACAGCAAAGGGAUCGCUUUAUUUAUGAACUUUAAUAUUACAAGUGAAAAAUACGACAGGGAAUAUUGUCCACUUUUGAAAGAGGGAAUUGAAAAGCUGGCCGACUUUAAGUGCUCCGAAGAGUUUACUAAAGUACUUCAAGAAUACGGCUAUGAUAUGAUGUCUAACACAUGUAGAACAAUCAACAAAAUUGAUUCAUCUGGUAUAAAACCACUUCCAAAUAUCUCCUUCCUUUCCUUGGUGUUUCUCAUCUUACUUCUUAUUGUUAGCUAAAUAAAUUUCAAUUACUUAUUCAUCGAUUAACCCCAUUUCCACAAAGUUUAUAGUUUCGUACCUAAAUCAGAAACUAUUUACUAUCAUUAUUAUUAUUAUUAAAGUAAUAAUCAUGUGCUGAGUUCGAUAAAUUGCUUGCUUGCCUUUUAAAUAGACUUUGCAUUUAAUAUUUCCGAAAAUCCUUAACAUACUAAUCAAUAACUAGAUUUAUAUAAUCACCUACAAUCCUUUUUAUUCUUACCCAGCCCACCAAAAGUAUACUGUAAUUCUUCUCCUCAAAAGAGAUCCUGAUUUGUUAUAAGAAAAUAAAUGUCAUAAAUAUUACAGUUA